AUGCCUCACUUUGUCAACACACACUGCAUCGAGCCUCAUUUCCUUCGCAAUGUCCUAGAUGUUCUGAUCAUUGGGACACGGACGGCUGGUCUCUCUGCGGCCAUGGCUCUUGGUCGUGCGCGAAGGAGUGCCAUCGUUUUCGGUGUUGACGAUUUUGGAGGCAGACUCCAUGAGACUACAAGCCAAACGAUCUCAAAAUCGAUCCAGGACGAGACUGUAGCUGAGAUCAAAGCCAAAUUCAAGACUAUCAUGUUUAGCCGCGCGACAGCGGCGUCUGUUCGUGAGAAGGGCAUGGUAUUCGAAGUGGAAGACGUUACAGGUCGAUGUUGGAAGGGAAGAAAGGUGAUAUUGGCUAUGAGUAGCCGUAAUGUUCUUCCAGAUAUCCCGGGAUACGAAGAAGCUUGGGGCAAGAACAUUUUCGAUGUGCCACGAUGCCUCGAUGUUAUUAAGGUUGCGGCCACCCACGCUGCUGUGCUCGUCACCUCCGACUCUUCGAGUUCUAUUGAGGCAGCGGUGCUGGCAGCUCAUCUCGCGCGACAGUUCAGCCCCAAUGUAACAUUCCUGACUAACAGCCUUUUACAUGUUGAGCAUCAUCCCCAAAUCAUUGCAGGCAAGACUUGUGGGUUCAAAUUAGAUAACAGACCCAUCAAAGCACUGGAGAGUUUGGAAACUUCAGUGGCUGUCCAGUUCACCGAUGGGGCCGAAUCAGUGUACGGCUUGAUAGUGCAUAAGCCCAGCAAGAUUACUGCUGGACCUUUUUCUGAACACUUAAAUCUGGAAUCGACAUCGGAAGGGAGGAUUUUUGUGGAAAAUGAGUUUCAAGAGACAAGCACACGUGGUGUCUUCGCAGUUGGUGACAGUGCCAGCUUUCUCAAGGAAGAGAGUGCUGGGGCCAGCGCUGGAUGGCUUGCUGGGGUUGGUGCAAACUUGCAAAUUGCCGAGGACGAUAUGAGUAUGUAG